GUGUAAAGGUACUGAUUCAACUAACUACUGACAGAUUAUUAAUGUCCUAUUUCAUUAGAGAGAGAGAACACGCUGCUUACUGGAGAGAGUUAUUGUUAGCUAGGAGGAAGACAUGGAGGGUUCAACGCUGACACAGAGGAGGGCUGAGUGUCAGUUGAAGGAAAGGGAGAUCCAGACAGACUACAUGAUGGAGCUGGGAGCCAGGUUGGCUCUGGUGAGACAGAUCCAGAGGGAGCAGGAGAAGGAGAUGAAGAGGAUUUGGUUUGAGACGAGGAAAAUGCCAAGCCUGAUUGAGGAGAAUGUGAGAGAUGUGACCAACCGUCCACUCACUGAGUUCAUGGCUCCCUGUAUUGACUCCCUCCCACCGCUGGCUUUCACCAAUCGGAGGCCUAUACCAACCAUGUUGCAUCCCCCCUCUCCAUUGGCCAUACGCACUCAGGAUGCACAGCGGUUCAUUGUAUUUUCAUACUUUGUCCCUGCUGAGUGCCCAGUUGCAACAGAGGCCACAGCAGAUGUAUCUACUCGUAAAAGAGAGGACUUAUUGACAGAUACACAUCUUUCCUCAAUGCUGCAUCGAUACCUGCCACACUUCUAUAAUGAUGAGUCCAUUCCACCACAGCAGACAGUAGAGGGAACCACUGAGGUCUCAGUUGCUCCUGUGGCAAUAUCUAAUAUAAAGGAAGAGGACAGAUUCUAUCCUUUCUCCCUCCCACCACUGGCUCAGCGGUUCGUUGGCAAUUCAUUCAUUGUCUCGGAAACCUCCCAGCCUGCUGUUUCAGCCACAGAGUGCCAAAUUGCCAAAGAGGCCACUGCAGACACAGCCAGUGUCAAGAGAGAGAACCGAUGGGCAGCCAGAAGUCUUCCUUCAGUGCUGCCUCCAAGUCUGCCACCAGUCUUUGUCAUUGACUACAAACUGCCAGAGGAGACAGUUGAGGACAACACAGAGGGCUCAGUUGACACCGAGGCAAGUGCAGUUGCACCCACUGUCAAGAGAGAGGAACUGACAGGUGAUAAAAGCCCUGUCCGAGCAAUUCCUCCUAUCCUGGGAUGCAUCCAUGACAAGGACCACAAGGAGCCAGAGCAGAAAGUGAAGGGCCCUAGUGAAGAGGUGGAUCUCUGCCCUCACGCUCACCAGCUGGACCCAGAUGUUAACUUAACUCUGGCAACCCGCAAUGAUGAACCCAGGACCUGGACCCUGGAAGAGGCAAAGGAUUAUUGGAUAGGCAUUGAUAUUGAGAGUGAAGAGAGGAGCGUCAAGGAGGAGGUGAGACAGAGGGAGGGAUUGAAGCGUGAGGCGGACUGUGCCCAUUCCAAGAGCUCCAAUGGGAUGGCUUCAUCAGAGAGAGCAGAGACCAUCCUUGGAAGACUGGGCUUUCUGGUCAUGAACCACAUGCAGAAAAUCCCAUUUUUGAAGAUGAAGGAAAAAGAGAAAAAUAAGAAACUGCAUAAGAAGUUGAAAGAUGACGAGAAAGAGAGAAAGGAGAAGAAAAACAAGGAGGAGGAGAACAAGAAGAGGGAGAAGAAAGAGAUGAAUGAGAGAGAGAAAGAGCAGAAGAAAGUCAUGAAGGCUGAGAAAAAGAGGGAGAAGUUAGAACAGAAAAAGAGAGAGAAGGAAAGAAAAGAGAAGGAAAAGGCAGAGAAAAAGAGGUUAGAGGGGCUGAUGAAGAUACAUAAUGACAUGAUGAAAGACAGGAUUAAGAAAGAGAAGAAGUGUUCUGAGGAGCUGAAAAAGAGAGAGAAAGCUCAAGCUGAGUUCUUGGAGAUGGAGAGAAAGAUUCAAGAAAAGGAGGAGAAGAAGAGAGAAAAGAGGAGGAAAGAGGAGAGGAAGAGACUGGAGAAGAAGAAAAAGAGGGAGCCAGCUGGAGGUGGAACUGAGAGGGUGAUAGAAGAGCAGGGAAAGGAUGAAAGCUUGAAGAUGGAUGAGUAGACUGGGUAUUAGAGAGAGAGAGCAGGGCGGGAUACUGUAUUUUUGCAUGCAAUGAAAAAUGCAAUAAAAAAAAUCUAUAAAAAAGGUUUACUCUGUGUUUGAUUUUUGUCAAGGCAUACUAUAUAACACAGUUUAAACACACAAUGUUUACAUUUCACAAAUCUGGGGAGUGUUGCACUGUUACAAUGUUGAAUUCCAAAUCUACCCGAUGGAGCGGAGCUGUGCUGAGAUGAGGAGGACGGAAAGGAAGGGGGAGUGGAUGGAGGGUAGAGCGGAGUUUGUUAGAGAGGAAAUUGAUAGAGAUGAAUAUGACAG